AUGCAAGGCCAAAAGCGUGUGGCCGAGUAUGCCUCCGGAAACGACCCGUCGACCCCAAAGAUCCGGAAAGUAACACGAGCCUGCGACUCGUGUAAGCUGAAGAAAGCCAAGUGUACGGGAGACCAGCCCUGCGAAAAGUGCAUUGCCCGAGACAUCGAGUGUCUAUACAAUGCUAGCUACACAAGAGGGACCAAGACAACUCCACCGCCGUCAAAUGCUGCCAGACGAGUGACGAUAAGCAUUGAGAAUGACGACAGCUUGGAAUAUGAUCAAGACCAAAGACAAGCUUCCAUGGGUCGAAAUGGUACUGAUCUGGAUGCCCAUAAUAGCGCGAUGCAGGUGACAAGCAGCCAUGGCCCUAACGGUGAUAGCACCGGACCGUCAAGGGCAUCGCCAGAGCUGGGUAUGGCAGAAAUACAGGGACAAGUGUUUGAUCCAACAUCAAGUCUCGCUUUUCUGCACCGAGCUUGGAAGCGCCUCUCUGUAAAGAAGGACAAGAAUGAAGCCACUGAAUAUCGACCAUCCUCAGAGUCUCAUCUUAUUACCAUGUCCGGCGAUAAGAGUUUGUCCGUAAGCAGAGACAUCACCCAAGAUAUCCUUCCCAACAUAGAAGAUGCAAAGGUAUUAAUGACUCUGUAUUUCGAUGUUUGCAUUGCCACAUACCGAUGCCUACACCGACCUUCAGUAGAUACAUGGUUAUCAACAAUGCAAAACAACGUCAAAGAGGGCAUCCCAGUCUGGACAAGCAUUGGGCGGGCCAAGGCAGCAGUGGUGUAUGUUGCGCUCGCCAUGGCUAAACGACACCAAGAAAAAUCCAAAUUCACCGUCGCCCAGGAAGAAGAUGCACAAGCACUUCGAGGAACCGAUGAACUGUUUGCCUUCUCUACGCGGCUGACAGACCAGGAGACUGGAGUUCCCGUUGUGGAAUCUGCGCAAGCGCAUAUGGUACAGACAUUGUACCUGCUCACUACUUCCCGAUUCAAUCAGGCAUGGUAUACAUUUGGACAUGCUCUUCGCAUUAUUGCAGCUCUGGGAUGGCAGAGGCGAGCUAAUAUCGCGAGAAGGAGGGCCGCCAAACCAGAUUACAUACAUGAACAAUGUUGUCUGAGGACGUUCUGGUCAGCAUACAUCAUCGACAACUAUUUGGGCGUUGUAUUUGGACGGCCACGAGUAUUUCACGACGAUGACAUUGACCAGGAUUGGCCUGACAGAGUCAAUGAUGAAGAGAUGACUCCAUCAGGUCCAAUAUGUGAGCUAACUGAGAAUCGAUCCGGUUGCCACACCGACGCAUUAAUAUUUCACGCAAAAAUCGCAAGAAUCAUUGGACGGAUAUCGCGAGAGGUCUACUCAUACAAGCACAGUACCGAACAUGACAGAAUUAUCGCCGCCGGUGAAAUGACCAAGCAUGUCGAAGAAUGGCACCGUAGCUUACCCAUUCACCUGGGCAGCAUCGACCCGGCUAUUCUAAUCCCAAGCUAUCGCCGUCAAGCCAUCGUCCUGAAGUUAGCACAUGCCCAUGCCAUCAUGCAUGCAAACCGGCUGUUCCUCCUCCGAAAUCCGGUAUCCAAGUACAGCCUUCAAAUACAAGACUGCAUCAAAGCCGCGAAAAGUGUCCUCGAAACAGUUGAUUACAUGGCGAAGGAUGGGCCAAUCUUUCAUGCGUUUUGGUGGACGCAUUAUGUCACGUUUUGCGCACUAGUCGUCACCUAUGUCUGGGUAAUUAAGCAUCACCGAAUGAGUCAAGACGGUGGGCAGAGUGCCAGAUCUUCUCUUGUGCGUCUGGCGGAACGAUGUCAUACACACCUUGCUCAGGCUACAGCAUCUAAUUCGCCGAGUCGACGGUAUGCUGUCAUCCUAGAGGAGUUUCGGUCGCUGGCUGUCAAUCAAGCUAGGGGACAGAAACCAGGAGAUAGAAACAGACAUCCUGCACGGCAUAUUACGCCCGAGACCCCUUCGUAUGGUGGAGGCGAGAAUUGCAGCAGUUUGCCGAUCACGAUUAUAGAACGAACCGUGCCGGGAUCAAACGACCAACUCGGCCCAGAUCCUGCGCUUGCAAUGGAAGUGCCGCUUAUAUUGGAUGACUGGCAGUUAACGGAUUGGUUGGACCUUGACUCUUCGGCGUUCUGGCCGAGCUUUACAGUCGAAGAUUCAACGCUGUCCCCACCAACAAGCCUUUAA